AUGAAAGAUCCACAUCAGAUAACAUGGGAAGCGGAAGCAAUUUCGAAGCUGGAGACAGAGAAUUCUUUAUGCAGUGUCAUCAUUUUCUUUUCUUUCUAUUCCCCUAAUUCUCGUCGCUUUUUUCCUUUUCAUUCCUGGUUUCUUUUAUCCCUUUCUCUUCCUUACUUUCCAUUCUUUAUUUCAUUCCAUGUUUACGUCCUUCCAUCUUCUCUUUCUUUCUUUUUCCUUUCUUUUUCCUUUCUUUUCCUUUCUUUUUCCUUUCUUUUUCCUUUUUCUUUCAUUUUUUCUUUCAUUCUUUCCUUUUUUCUUUCAUUCUUUUUCCUUUUUUCUUUCAUUCUUUUUCCUUCUGUCUUUUUUCUUUACUUCUUUUCCCUUCUCUUCUCUCUUUUUUCUUUCAUUCUUUUCCUCCUCUCUUUUUUCUUUCCCUUUUUUCCUUCUUUUUUUCCCUUUUUUUCCUUCUCUUUUUCUUUCCCUCUUUUUCCUUCUCUUUUUCUUUCCCUCUUUUUCCUUCUCUUUUUCUUUCCCUCUUUUCCUUCUCUUUUUCUUUCCUUCUUUUCCUUCUCUUUUUCUUUCCUUCUCUUUUUUUCUUUCCUUCUUUUUCCUUCUCUUUUUUCUUUCCUUCUUUUCCUUCUCUUUUUCUUUCCUUCUUUUCCUUCUCUUUUUCUUUCCUUCUUUUCCUUCUCUUUUUCUUUCCUUCUUUUCCUUCUCUUUUUCUUUCCUUCUUUUCCUUCUCUUUUUCUUUCCUUCUUUUCCUUUCUUUUUCUUUUUUUCUUUUCCUUCAUUUUUCACUUUUUUCUUUCCUUCUUUUUCCUUCUCUUUUUUCUUUCCUUCUUUUCCUUCUCUUCAUUUUCCUUCUCUUUUUUCUUUCCUCCUUUUUCCUUCACUUUUUUCUUUCCUUCUUUUUCAUUCUCUUUUUUCUUUCCUUCUUCAUCCUUCUUUUCUUUUCUUCAUUUCCCUUCUUUUUUCUUUCCUUCUUUUUCAUUCUCUUUAUUCUUUAAUUCUUUUUUCUUCUCUCUUUAUUCUUUAUUUCUCUCAUUCUUUUUCCUACUCUUUUUUCUUUCCUUCUUUUUUCUUCUCUUUUUUCUUUCAUUCUUUUUCCUUCUCAUUUUUCUUCCCUUCUUUUCCUUCUCUCUUUUUUUCUAUGCUUUUUCCUUUUUUCUUUGCUGCUUUUUCCUUCUCUCUUUUUUCUUUGCUUCUUUUUUCUUUCCUUCUUCUUCCUUCUCUCUUUUUUUCAUUCUUCUUCUUUCUUUCUUUUUUCUUUUCUUUUUCCUUCUCUCUUUUUCCUUUCAUUCUUUUUGUAUCAUUCUUUUUCCUCCUCUCUUUUUCUGUUUUUUCUUUCAAUUUUUCCUUCUUUUUUCUUUCAUUCUUUUUCCUUCUCUCUUUUUUUUCAUUCUUCUUCCUUCUUUUUUCUUUUCUUUUUCCUUCUCUCUUUUUCCUUUCAUUCUUUUUGUAUCAUUCUUUUUCCUUCUCUCUUUUUCUUUCUCUGUUUUUUCUUUCAUUCUUUUUCCUUCACUCAUUUUUCUUUCUUUCUUUUUCAUUCUCUUUUUCAUUCCUUCUGUUUUCCUUCUUUUUCUUUCUUUCUUUUUCUCCUUUUCCUUCAUUUUCCAUUCAUUUCUUGUAAGCCUUUUUCAUAAAGUGUUUAUCUCUGUUUUCAUGCAAAAUGUUCUUUCUUUCUCUUUAUCUCCGUUUAUUUCGUUUUCCUUAUUUCUUUCUUCCGUCCGUCCGUUCAUUCUUUCUUCCGUCCGUCCGUUCAUUCUUUCUUUCUUCCGUCCGUCCGUUCAUUCUUUCUUUCUUCCGUCCGUUCAUUCUUUCUUUCUUCCGUCCGUCCGUUCUUUCUUUCUUUCUUUCUUUGUUCGUUCUUUCUUCCGUCCGUUCUUUCUUUCUUUCUUCCGUCCGUUCUUCCGUUCUUUCUUUCUUUCUUCCGUCCGUUCUUCCGUUCUUUCUUUCUUUCUUCCGUCCGUUCUUCCGUCCGUUCUUCCGUUCUUUCUUUCUUUCUUCCGUCCGUUCUUCCGUUCUUUCUUUCUUCCGUCCGUUCUUCCGUUCUUUCUUUUUUCUUUCUUCCGUCCGUCCGUUCUUUCUUUCGUUUUCCUUCCGUCCUUCCGUUCAUUCUUUCUUUUUCCUUCCGUCUUCCGUCGUUCGUUUUUUUCUUUCUUCCUUUCUUCCGUUCGUUCUUUCUUUUUUCUUUCUUUCUUCCGUCCGUCCGUUCAUUCUUUCUUUCUUCCGUCUUUCGUUCACCCGUUCUUUCUUUCUUCCGUCCGUUCCGUUCUUUUCUUUCUUUUCUUUCUUCCGUUCUUUCGUCCGUUCGUUUUUCUUUCUUUUUCUUUCUUUCCGUCCGUUCGUUUUUCUUUCUUCCGUCCGUCCGUUCGUUUUUUUCUUCCGUCUUCCGUUUUCGUUCUUUUUUUCUUCCGUCCGUUCGUUCUUUCUUUCUUUCUUCCGUCCGUUCGUUCUUUCUUUCUUUUUUCUUCCGUCCGUUCUUUCUUUCUUUCUUCCGUCCGUUCGUUCUUUCUUUUUUUUCUUCCGUCCGUUCGUUCUUUUCUUUCUUUCUUUCUUCCGUCCGUUGUUCUUUUUUUUCUUUUUUCUUCCGUCCGUUCUUUCUUUUCUUUCUGUCUUCCGUCCGUUCGUUCUUUCUUUCUUUCUUCUUCCGUCCGUUCGUUCUUUCUUUCUUUCUGUCUUCCGUCCGUUCAUUCUUUCUUUUUUUCUUUCGUCCGUUCGUUCUUUCUUUUUUUCUGUCUUCCGUCCGUUCGUUCUUUUUUCUUUCUGUCUUCCGUCCGUUCGUUCUUUCUUUCUUUCUUCCGUCCGUUCGUUCUUUCUUUCUUUCUGUCUUCCGUCCGUUCGUUCUUUUUUUCUUUCUGUUUCUUCCGUCCGUUCUUUCUUUCUUUCUGUCUUCCGUCCGUUCGUUCUUUUUUCUUUCUUCUUCUUUCUUCCGUCCGUUCUUCCGUUCGUUCUUUUUUCUUUUUCCGUUGUCUUCCGUCCGUUCGUUUUCUUUCUUUUCUGUCGUCCGUCCGUUCGUUCUUUCUUUUUUCUGUCUUCCGUCCGUUCGUUCUUUCUUUCUUUCUUUCUUCCGUCCGUUCCUUUCGUUCUUUCCGUUCUUUCUUUUUCUUCCGUCCGUUCUUUUCGUUCUUUCUCUUUUUCUUCCGUCCGUUCGUUCUUUCUUUCUUUCUUUCUUUCUUCCGUUCGUUCUGUCUUCCGUCCGUUCGUUCUUUCUUUCUUUCUGUCUUCCGUCCGUUCUUUUUCUUCCGUUCGUCCGUUUUCUUUCUUUCUUUCUUCCGUCUUCCGUCCGUUCGUUCUUUCUUUUCUUUCUUUUUUCUUUCUUCCGUCCGUUCUUCCGUUCUUUUCUUUCUUUCUGUUUCUUUCUUCCGUCCGUUCUUCCGUUCUUUCUUUCUUUCUGUUUCUUCCGUCCGUUCUUUUUUCUUUCUUUCUUCUUCCGUCCGUUCGUUCUUUCUUUCUUUCUGUCUUUCUUCCGUUUCCGUUCUUCCGUCCGUUCGUUUUUUUCUUUCUUUCUGUCUUCCGUCCGUUCGUUUCUUUCUUUCUUUCUUUCUUUCUUCUUCCGUUCUUUUUCUUUUUUCUUUUUCUUCCGUCCGUUCUUUCUUUCUUUCUUUCUUUCCGUCCGUUCUUUCUUUCUUUCUUUCUUCCGUCCGUUCUUUCUUUCUUUCUUUCUUUCCGUCCGUUCUUUCUUUCUUUCUUUCUUUCUUCCUUCGUUCUUUCUUUCUUUUCGUUCUUCCGUCCGUUCGUUCUUUCUUCUUUCUUUCUUUCGUCCGUUCCGUUCUUUCUUUUUCUUUUCUGUUCUUCCGUCCGUUCGUUUUCUUUCUUUCUUCCUUCCGUCGUUCUUUCUUUCUUUUUUCUUCCGUUUCUUUCUUUCCGUCCGUUCGUUCUUUCUUUCUUUCUGUCUUUCGUUCGUUUUCUUUUUUUUCUUCUUCCGUCCGUUCGUUCUUUCUUUCUUUCUGUCUUCCGUCCGUUCGUUCUUUCUUUCUUUCUGUCUUCCGUCCGUUCGUUCUUUCUUUUUCUUUUUCUUCUUCUUUCUUCGUUCGUUCUUUUUCUUUUUUCUGUCUUCCGUCCGUUCGUUCUUUCUUUCUUUCUGUCUUCCGUCCGUUCGUUCUUUCUUUCUUUCUUCUUCCGUCUUCCGUUCUUUCCUUUUCUUCUUCCGUCCGUUUUCUUUCUUUCUUUCUGUCUUCCGUCCGUUCGUUCUUUCUUUCUUUCUGUCUUCCGUCCGUUCGUUCUUUCUUUCUUUCUGUCUUCCGUCCGUUCGUUCUUUCUUUCUUUCUGUCUUCCGUCCGUUCGUUCUUUUUUUUUUCUUUCUGUCUUCCGUCCGUUCGUUCUUUUCUUUCUUUGUCUUUCUGUCUUCCUUUCUGUUCCGUUCGUUUUUUCUUUUUUUUUCUGUCUUCCGUCCGUUCGUUCUUUUUCUUUCUUUUUUUCUGUCUUCCGUCCGUUCGUUCUUUUUUUUUUCUUUCUUUUCCGUUCGUUCUUUCUUUCCGUCUUCCGUCCGUUCUUUCUUUCUUUUUCUUUCCGUUGUCUUCCGUCCGUUCUGUCCGUUCUUUCUUUUUUUUCUUUCUUUUUUGUCUUCCGUCGUUCGUUCUUUCUUUUUUUCUGUCUUUCUUUCUUUUCUUUUCUUUUCUGUCUUCCGUCCGUCCGUCCGUUCUUUCUUUCUUUCGUUUUUUCUUUCUUUCUGUCUUCCGUCCGUUCGUUCUUUCUUUCUUUCUUUCUGUCUUCCGUCCGUUCGUUCUUUCUUUCUUUCUUUCUGUCUUCCGUCCGUUCGUUCUUUCUUUCUUUCUGUCUUCCGUCCGUUCGUUCUUUCUUUCUUUCUGUCUUCCGUCCGUUCGUUCUUUCUUUCUUUCUGUCUUCCGUCCGUUCGUUCUUUCUUUCUUUUCUUUCUUUCUUCCGUCUUCCGUUCGUUCGUUUUUUUUCUUUCUUUCUGUCUUCCGUCCGUUCGUUCUUUCUUUCUUUUGUCUUCCGUCGUUCGUUCUUUUUCGUUCUUUCGUUUUCUUUUCUUUCUGUCUUCCGUCCGUUCGUUCUUUCUUUCUUUCCGUUCGUUCUUUUCUUUCUUCCUUUCUUCUUCCGUCCUUUUCGUUCUUUUCUUUCUUUCUGUCUUCCGUCCGUUCGUUCUUUCUUUCUUUUUUUCUUCCGUCCGUUCGUUUUUUCUUUCUUUUUCUUCCGUCCGUUCGUUUUCUUUCUUUCUGUCUUCCGUCCGUUCGUUCUUUCUUUCUUUCUUUCUUUCUUCCGUCCGUUCGUUCUUUCUUUUUCUGUCUUUCCGUUUUUCUUUCUGUCUUUCUGUCCGUCCGUUUUGUUUUUCUUUUUCUUUCUUUUCUUUCUUUUUUCUUUCUCUUCCGUCCGUUCGUUCUUUCUUUCUUUUUCUUUCCGUUCGUUUUUCUUUCUGUCUUCCGUCCGUUCGUUGUUUUCUUUCUUUCUUUUCCGUCUUUCUUUCUUUUCGUUCGUUCUUUCUUUCUUUUUUUCUUCUUCCGUCCGUUCGUUCUUUCUUUCUUUCUGUCUUCCGUCCGUUCGUUCUUUCUUUCUUUCGUCCGUUCGUUCUUUCUUUUUCUUUCCGUCCGUUCGUUCUUUCUUUCUUUCUUUCUGUCUUCCGUCCGUUCGUUCUUUUUGUCUUCCGUCCGUUCUUUCUUUCCUUUCUGUCUUCCGUCCGUUCGUUUUUCUUUUUUCUUUCUUUCUGUCUUCCGUCCGUUCGUCCGUUUUUUUUUCUUUCUUUCUGUUUCCGUCCGUUCUUCUUUCUUUCUUUCUGUCUUCCGUUCGUUCUUUCUUUCUUUCUUUCUGUCUUCCGUCCGUUCGUUCUUUUCUUUUCUUUCUUUCUUUCGUUUUUCUUUCUUCUGUCUUCCGUUCGUUUUUUCUUUUUCUUUCUUUCUGUCUUCCGUCCGUUCGUUGUUUUUCUUUCUUUUUCUUUCGUUUUUUGUCUUUCUUCCGUCCGUUCUUUCUUUCUUUCUUUCUGUCUUCCGUCCGUUCGUUCGUUCUUUCUUUUUCUUUUUUUUCUGUCUUCCGUCCGUUCGUUCUUUUCUUUCUCUUUCUUUCUUUUUUGCCGUUCCGCCAUUCUUUUUUCAUUUCGUCUUUUUUUUUUGCUUCUUUUUCUUUCUUUUUGCCGUUCCGCCAUUCUUUUUCAUUUCGUCUUUUCUUUUGCUUCUUUCUUUCUCCUGUUUUUUUCUUUUGUUCGCUUUCUUUCCUGGAAAUACCGAUUCAUUUUUUCUUUCUAUAAUAUUUCCAACUUUUCUUAAAUUCGAAUUUUCCCCUUUCCCCUCUUCUUUCUCGUCUCUUCUUAGCAAAUCCUUCUGUCUCAACGUCCUCACUGCUUCCCUUUUCCCCCUCUUCCUUACAGCCUUACACGCCUUUCUGGCAGAAUCUCCGUGUCAUGGCAUUUGGUUUAAAGUGUCAUACAGAAUAAAUACCCGUAUGUAA